AGAGGUUGAUUCAUGGUGGUGUGACCCUCUUGUCACUUCUGGUUCCUUUUUUCCUGUUCUAUAUCAAGACUGUGCCCUUGGGAAGGGCAGUUUUGCACUCAGAGAAGAACCAGAGAGGACCCUGGACACUGGAAGCAUGGGGGUCUGGACCUCAGGCACUGAUAUCUUGCUAAGUGUCUGGAGUAUGUAUGUGUCUCCAAGAAGCCCUGGAUGGAUAGACUUUACCCAACAUUUGGGAGUUUGUUGUUUAGUUGCUUUCAUUUCCAUGGGCCUCCUCUCUGGAGCCUUCUACUGGUUUCUGUCCUCAUUCAUAGUCUUUACCGCCUCCUGGAUGGUCACAUGUGCCCUGCUGUGCUGCUCCAAGCAUGCACGAUGCUUCAUUUUGCUUUUCUUCCUCUCAUGUGGCCUGCGUGAAGGCAGGAAUGCUCUGAUUGCCACUGGCACGGGGAUAGUAAUCUUUGGACACAUAGAGAACAUUUUUCACAACUUUAAAGGUCUCCUGGACAGUAUGACUUGCAACCUCAAGGCAAAGAGCUUUUCCAUCCAUUUUCCAUUUUUGAAAAAAUAUAUUGAAGCAAUCCGGUGGAUGUACGGCCUGGCCACUCACUUAAGUCUCUUUGAUGAUCUUGUUUCUUGGAACCAGACCCUGGCGGUCUCUUUCUUCAGUCCCAGCCAAGCCCUGGACGCACAGCUCAAUAACACUACAGACAAAGCCCUGGGUGUCUUAUACCAGAUAGUGACGGCGACAGAGGUGGUAUCCUCCAUGGGGCAACAGCUACUUGCCCUCAUGGGGCUUCUGCUGGUGCUCCUGGGCACUGGCCUCUUCAUGAAGCGAUAUUUGGACCCUUGUGGUUGGAAGUUUGAAAACAUCUACAUCACCAAACAAUUUGUUCGGUUUGACGAAAGGGAGAGGCAUGAACAGAGGCCCUGUGUCCUCCCGCUGAAUAAGCAGGAAAGGAAGAAGUACGUUGUCAUUCCGUCUUUCUGGCUGACUCCUAAAGACAAGAAAAACCUGGGGCUCUAUUUCCUCCCAGUACUUACCCAUCUCUGCAUCUGGGUGCUGUUUGCAGCCAUAGAUUAUCUGCUGUAUUGGCUCAUUUUCUCCGUGAGCAAACAUUUCCAAAGCUUGCCAGGGCUCGAGGUUCACCUGAAGCUGCACAGAGAGAUCCCUCCACCUGGCAUGGGGCCUGGCAUGUAGGAAGAGCUCUCAAAACAUUAGUUGCAUCAAGUUGACAUCCCAGUGUUGGGGAAUGGUAUCAUUCUGAACAUCUUUGGUCACUGCAUCUGUUUCCUGUGGCAGCUACUCCCUGUUGAGAAGACUGCGGUUUUUCUCACCUUUCCUCUUUUUCAUUUUUCUAUGGAAAUUUACGAUUAUGUGGACAUUUUGGAGGAUCUGGAUACUGUCAGAUACUUGCCAUUUUUUUUAAAAAAACCCAGAUAUUGUGAAACUGAGCUGGUGGGCCAUGCACGUGUGGAUCUAGUGUGUGCUUCCGUGUGAAUGUGCAUGCGUACUGUGUGCAGCUGUACGUGUGUGCGGGUGCACGUAUGCAUGUGUGUGUAAUGUCAUGCAUGCUGGGUGGAGGGUAUUAGCCUGGGCUGGCGAAAAUGCCAUCCACAGAUUCCAUGAGUCUGUCUUUCCCCUCCUCGUUAUCAAGCUCCACUGGGUAGCUGCUGGCCUCAGAGGGGCAGGGCAGAAAGGGACCUAUAAACCCUCCUUUGAAACCCUUCUUUCCUCCUGCUGCAUCCAUACUCUCCCUCCCCCUUUCUCCUGCUCAGCAGGUACUGUCUGGCCCCCGCCCCUCCUAAUCCUGGGCUGUUUCUCAGGGUUGAUUACUCUGAGCACUCUGCUUCCCCUGAAGACUCCAGUUAAUUACCAGAAGUUGCUCUAGAUAUCUGGAGCAGAGUGGAUAAUGGAAGCAGUGUAUCAAAGGAAAGGCAAACAAGCUUUUCAGACAGGCUUGAUCCUGGGGGUGGGGUGGGGGUAGGGGCUAGUAAAAGGGCCUCUCCCCUCAACCCCCACAACCCACCUCCCCUCCUGCAUUCCUUUUUGAUCUUCCCUCCGUUCUUCUUUUCCUUGGUUCUCUUUUUGCUCCUUUCUGAGUUUUCUCACUCUCAGCCAGUACUCAUGCCUGUUUUGUGAAUUCUGACUGUUUGAAACAGAAGGGGGAAAAAGUGAGUUCUGCCUUCCAAAAAAGGCCCAGAAGCCUUCCAAUGAUGAUGUCCUGACAAAUACAUUUUGGGGUGUUGCUGGGUCCUGAGGAUGGAAAGAUGUCUAGACCGUGAUGGCUGCCAUCGAGGGGCUCACGUCCUGGCGGGGGAGGUGGCCACACAUACUCACAAUGACAGCAGGUUGGUGGGCGCCGGAACAGAUGUGAGUACGAGACUGCUGUGGGAGCUUGUCUCAGACUCUCCUGCUGAGCCUGGAGGCUGUGUCACUUCCCCGUGACUGGCAGUGCCCCGCCCUCAUCCCAGGAGGCCCUUGGAGGUCCCUGAGCUCUCCACUGCCACAAAUUUGCAAAGGAGAAGUUAAGCAAGAAAAGAAACCUUGCCUUAAGAUUUCGCCAGUGUUUCUCUUCCACUUUCAGAUAAUUUUAAAUAAAGACAGAAGAUGAGAAAUGAUGUGAAUGGACCUGGCUGGCAGGGUGGGCAUUGUAGGUGAAAAUGGCGAGUCACCACUUAUUGAGCACCUACUAUGCCCAGUGUUGGUCUACCUUAACUUUUCAAGUAUGAUACACCCAUUACUCAAUGCCAUCUAGGCAAACUGUUUACUUGAGAGAGGUAAACAAAUUUUAAAACAUCUGGGUACCAUUUAGUACAAUGUUCAGUAUUUUGGGAGCGUUCAUUUGUCUUCCACACUAUCUUCCACCGAGCCCAUACCAACCUUUAUGAAGCCCUGACUCCCAGCUGCAAAAUUCCCCUUAGCUUCCUAGACUAAAUAACUUCUUUCCAGGCCAGACACCCGCUGCUUUCUUAAUGCAGAGUUUCUCAUCACUGACUCAAUCGAUGUGUUUGUUUCUUCAACAGUAUUAAAAAGAGCUCAUGCCUUUGCUCUGGGGACUGAAAUCUCUCUAUUUAAUUGUAGGCGAACUGUCUUUUUAAUAAGAGAAAAGGAAAGGCAACACAAAUGCUUUCUCCUGCCCAGCCACAGUGCUGGGUAAACUGCAGAUUUGACUUGACAUAAGUAUAGAAGUCCCAGGUUUGGAGUUUCCAGAGUUUUCACAGGUCUUGGGAUAGAUCCAAGGAGCACAGUGUUCUCUGGGUGUGGUUGGGUUCUUUGGAGAAAUCAUUUCCCUCCUGUGGGCCCCAGGACUCCAGGCUCUGGAGUGAUAAUAACUUACUAAGUACUCCGGUCUGUAAGGUUAAUGCUCCAUCCCCAAGGUGCUUAAUUUACACUGGGAGUAGUUUAUUCAUGGGCAGGAUCUGGUCCAUUAAUUCCUGUUUUACCAAAUUGGAAAACAAAUCCACUGAGAGACUCUGUGACUUUCUCGGGUCAGGGAAAAGAAAAAGCUGAAUCAGCACGUACUUCUCCUGCCUGUGGCUUGCUGGGAGGCUCAAUGUCACCUGCCUUCUGGGUCAAUUUGAUGAGAGCAACUGGUUUAUUCUCUGCCUUCAAGCAGGAAGGAAUGCAUUCCUCCUGGCAUCCAAGAGAGAUGAGAAAAUGUCCCAUUUUGAACCUUUCUAUGUAGGAGUUUAGAGACACUUUCAGUAAAUAUACUACUCUAAUAUUCUUGCACCAAGAAUAAUCCCCCCACCACUACCACCUCAAACUCUAAGAUUGGGAGUUCCCAUCAUGGUACAGGGGAAACGAAUCUGACUAGGAAGCAUAAGGUUGCAGGUUCAAUCUCUGGCCUCGCUCAGUGGG